AACGAAAGCAAAGUUUUGAAUCGGUUUCCUGAUCUGGAUUCAGCACGUGUUGGCGGGACACAAUCUCCAUUUGUUUGCAGUUUUCCUUCAAGGAACUGAAACCACAGCAGUCAUGGCUUCCUCCAGCAGUGUUCUGUGUGAAGAUCAGCUCCAGUGUCCCAUCUGUCUGGAUGUGUUCACUGAUCCAGUCUCUACUUCAUGUGGACACAACUUCUGUAUGAUCUGUCUCAAAGAGUUCUGGGACAGCAGUUCACACUGCCAGUGUCCAGUGUGUAAGCAGGAAUUCCCUAAUUGUCCUGAACUAUGUGUGAAUAUGUUCAUCUCUGCAGUUGCUGCUCCAUUUAAGAAAUCAGUUCAGGUCAAAUCCAGCAUUGCUACAGAAAAACGUACCCAAUCUCUGGUGUUCUGUGAGGCUUGCUGUAAAAGGAAAUGUGCAGCUGUGAAGUCCUGCCUGAUCUGUAUGACCUCUUACUGCAAGACUCACCUGGAACCUCAUGAGAGAGUUUCUUCACUAAAAAAGCACAAAUUGAUGGAGCCCAUGGAGAACCUGGAGGACUAUAUCUGUCAGAAACAUGAGAGACCCCUGGAGCUGUUCUGUAGAGAUGACCAGACGUGUGUGUGUCAAUUCUGUACUGAGGGAGAGCACAAAACUCAUAACACUGUUCCUUUAGAAAAGGAGAGUGGAGAGAAGAAGAUUCAGUUGGAAAAGAAACAAGCAGAAGUUCAGCAGAUGAUCCAGGAGCGACUGAAGAAGAUUGAGGAAAUCAAACACUCUGUAAAAUGCAAUAAAAAAACAACAGAGAAGGAGAAAUCAGACUUUGCGGUUUUCAGUAAUCUGAUGAGUGACAUUGAGAGAAGCCAGGCUGAACUGCUUAAGGUGAUGAAGGAGACACAGAAAGCAGCAGAUAAGCAGGCUGAAGAGUUCAUUAAAGAGCUGGAGCAGGAAAUCACUGAGCUAAAGAGGAGAAACACUGAGCUGGAGCAGCUCUCACACACUGAGGAUCACCUCCACCUCCUACAGAUUUACCCAUCACUCUGCAGCCCUCCACACACCCAGGACUGGACUCACAUCACAAUUAACACUCAUCUGAGAUUUGAUAUGCUGAGUUCUCUGUCUCAGCUUCUGGAAACUCUCAGAGAGAAAAUGGAGAAGCUUCAUGAGAUCAAACUGAGGAGUAUUCAACAAUAUGCAGUGGAUGUGACUCUGGAUCCUGAUACAGCAAAUCCUUAUCUCAUCCUGUCUGAUGAUGGGAAACAAGUUACCUGUGGACACAAACGACAGAAACGUCCUGAUAAUCCAGAGAGGUUUGAUCGUUUUUAUUAUGUAUUUGCAAAGGAGGGAUUCACCUCAGGGAGAUUUUACUAUGAGGUGCAGGUCAGAGGGAAGAGUGAGUGGAUUUUCGGAGUGGUCAGAGAGUCUGUUAACAGGAAAGGGAAGAUUACAGCCAGGCCUAUGAAUGGAUAUUGGUGUGUUUGGCUGACUAAUGAGACUGAAUAUCAGGCUCUGGACUCUCCUCCUGUCUCCCUCUCCUUGAAACAGGCUCCUCAGAAGGUGGGGGUGUUUGUGGACUAUAAGGAGGGUCUGAUCUCCUUCUAUGAUGUUGAUGCAAAAUCUCGUAUCUACUCUUUCACUGGUCAGACUUUCACUGAGAAACUUUAUCCAAUAUUCAACCCUUGUGAUAAUACAGCACCACUGCUCAUCUGUCCUGUCAAUCAAAUUUAACAUACUUUUUUAAACUGAUUUAUUUCUUAAACACGGUAUUAGUAUUUUGUAGAAUUUAUCUGAAUAAGGUUAAUAAGAAUUUUUUUUUUUUUUUUAAUUUAAAAUUUAUUUUACCUUUUGCUUUGUUGAGAUGAUUCAUCAUCUUAAAUUGGUCUGAUCUUGUAAGGAUCCAUCAGCACUCCUAUACAUUUUUUUUCUUCAAAUUUCAUCCCACAGAAUAUAUUUUAAUGUUUAAUAUGGGUCAGAUGUAACAAUGCAAGCUAUUUUUUUUAUUUGCAAUAAUUAGAUAAAUAAGUCAGAGAUCAGCUUUAGCUUUUGGCUCCAAAGUAAUCUCUUCAGUGUUUGACGCUCACCAUGUCAUUUAACUGGGUUCUUGGAUAACUUUACUUCUGUAAAGUUAUCAUUAACAUUCGUUAACAUUCUUAAAGGUUGUCUUUAUAUCAAACAUGUAUUAAGACUAAAAAGCUAAAAAAAAAUAUCAUUUUAAAUGAAAGUAAAAAUUAGAAUUUUACAUAUAUGAAAUAUGCUAAAACAUGAAAAUAUGGGACUAGUGGGCAGAGCUUGCAUUACUGCAACAUUCUGUGUGUUCCAUGCAAUGUCACGAUUAACCACUAGAGUCAUGUCUCAGUCUACUUUGUCAUAUGUUCUGAGUCAAAUCUGAUUUACUGUAAUCAUUUUCCUUCCCAUAUUGUGUAAGUUUUAAUGUUAUAAUACUAAUAAAGCUCUUGUAUGGAUA